AUGAACCAAGUUAGCGAGGUUUUCCCUGUGGACUUCAAGAUGUUCAAGCUCACCUUCCCAGAAGGAAUGAAAUUCACCACCAAAGUCAACCAGAAACCACUCACCCUGCCCCAAAGAGAGUUCCUAUAUAAAUGGCUGAACGAGCUAGAAGCUGCGCAAUACCUAAGCCGCUGUCAGCAGAAGGUAGCUAGUGAGGUCAGUAAUAAAACAACAAAAGAAUCACGUAUACCUUCUUGUACCAAAAAGAUGCCCAACAGCAAUCUUACUACAAAGAUUUGUGCGAAGCUACAAUGGUCACUCCCACAACACAAACAGGAACUUGCUUUGAGUAUUAAACAGGAAACAGGAACGGACAUCCUUGGUGUUCGGCACCAAGCCCCCUUUCAAUAG